AUGGAUUACCCGGUUCCGCGACCCAACAGGGAACGACCACCACCCAUAUCUCAGGACGGCUGUCGCACCUUCCCCCGCUAUGAAGAAGGCCUAUCCAGGCCAAGGACAUGGACUCACCGGGACGAGAUAGAAAUAGUCUAUGCUCUUGAGAAACUCGUAACAAAGAUGAAGUGGCCGCCGAAGAUGGGAUUAGACCCGAAUACCAAGAAAUCUGACGCCUUCUGUGAAUUCCACCUAGAACGUGGGCACAAAACAGAAGAACGCAUCGCCUUCAGACAAGAAGUCGUAAACAUGUUACAGCAAGGGCACCUCAAAGAGUUGUUAAGCGAUAACAAGAGAAUCAACUUCGCCAGAGGACGUGAACAUCAAGGCCCACUGAAGCCGCCAUCGCCGGCUCAUACUAUCAACAUGAUCAUCAGCAGCGACGCCGCCUCUAUCAACAACGUGAAGUUCAUCACCACUCACAAGCUCAAGCGAUCUAUCACCCGCGAACGGUACAACAGACUUGAAAAAAGUAUCAUCUUCGACGAGUCGGAUGCCGACAAUUUGACUUUUCCUCAUAAUUAUUCCCUUGUUAUUACUUUACGCAUUUUAGAGACCGAUGUCAAAUGUAUCAUGGUGGACGAUGGAAGUGUAGCAUGCAUUAGCCAUCCCUGA